UUCUAUUCCAAACCAAGUCUCAGCGAUUUGGCAAAGUGGAAACUUUAGUGUAUUAGACAAUGAAAGCCCAGCAAAAUGUACUUAGGAUUUGAUUUUCUGGGCAUGCCCAUGUGCCUGAGUUACUCAUUCCCGAGCACGCUGAGGGUGCCUGACUUCUCGCAAGCUGUCUCAUGGCAGGCAUGGUGGUAUGGACAUGGCUGAGAAAAAUGUCUCUUUUCUCAGAUUCAUUAAUUAAAGGAAGCAUCUCACUUGUUCAAAUCAUAGAUAAAGACUCUCCCAUGCCUAUUACCCUCAGCCAAACUGACCGGAGGUAUCCUUUAAUGAGAUAAAACGAUAAAGAGGAACUUCUUAAAAGGUAUUAUUCAUCUCUUGCUAUCUGCUAGGAGCAGAGACAAGGGCUUGAUGGCUUAGAGAAAUUACUAUCUGAAUUCCUGUAACAUUCCCCAGGGAGGCAUCUAGGAGACUUAACUGUUUAUUCCCCAAAAUUAACAUUAUUCAACAACACAAAGGAGCCACUAAAUAUCAAAAAUCAAGUGUCAACACUCAGAGAACAAGGAAAUUGUUUUGAAUGCCAGCCAAACAUCUUCCAUGGUCCCCUCUCUGGAUAAUAUGGGCCCCAUUACUCAUCCACAGAUGUGUCUGAUCCACAAUCGAGGUGCUACUGUACACACACAUUAGCUUUCAACCUGGUACACUGGUGAAGAUGUUUACGGACGCAGCUGACAUCACAGGGUGUCCCUAAUCAAAGCCAUUUUCUACAGUCUUGAGCGGUGUUCUGGUGAACUCUCUCUCACUGCUCCUUUACCGGGAGUAAAGGAUAACAGGCAAGCUGAGGUGUCGGUCACUUUGUAUCAGCACGCUUGUGUUCAUCUGUGUGCGUUUGUGGCUUCUUUUCAUACUUCGCUGUUUCCGGAGCUGGAAGCCAGCUCCCCUAUAAAGAGGCUCCAGGAGAAGCAAUCCUCAGUGGUCCUUGAUUAACUACACAUCAAACCUCUUAGGAGAAAAGAGAGACGGAAGCAGAAGCAGUACACCUGAGAAAUCCAACACCCCAUCAACCAUUCCACAGAACAAAAAAUAUCUCCAGUCCAAUUUCUGGAUGAGAGGAGCUGCUGGAGUCAUGAAUGCCUCACGGUUUCUCUCCACUCUCACUUUCGCGCUUCUCAUUGGAGAGAGCAUAGCUUGGUAUUACAACACCUCCACCGAACUCAUGACGUACGAUGAAGCCAGUGCAUACUGUCAACGGAAGUACACACAUCUGGUGGCGAUUCAGAACAAAGAAGAGAUCAAUUAUCUGAACUCCAAUCUGAGAUAUUCACCAAGUUAUUACUGGAUUGGAAUCAGAAAACUCAAUAAUGUAUGGAUCUGGGUGGGGACCCACAAGCCUCUGACCGAGGAGGCUAAGAACUGGGCCCCUGGGGAACCAAACAACAAACAAAGAAAUGAGGACUGUGUAGAAAUCUACAUCAAAAGACGCAACGACCCAGGCAUGUGGAAUGAUGAGAGAUGUGACAAAAAGAAACUGGCUCUGUGCUACACAGCUUCCUGUACCCCUGCAUCCUGCAGUGGUCGUGGUGAAUGUGUGGAGACCAUCAAUAGUUACACUUGCAAAUGCCACGCUGGCUUCCUUGGACCCAACUGCGAGCAAGUUGUGACCUGCAAAGAACAGAAACACCCUGACCAUGGAAGCCUGAAUUGCACCCAUCCUUUUGGCCUCUUCAGCUAUAAUUCCUCCUGUUCUUUCAGCUGUAACAGGGGCUACCUGACCAGCAGCACAGAGACCACCAUGCGGUGUAUGUCCUCUGGAGAAUGGAGUGUGCCUACUCCAGCCUGCCAUGUGGUUGAAUGUGAAGCUUUGACACACCCUGCCAAUGGAGUCAGGGAAUGUACCUCAAAUACUGGGAGCUUCCCAUGGAACACGACCUGUACGUUUGACUGUAAUGAAGGGUAUCAGCGAGUUGGAGCUCAGAAUCUACAGUGUACCUCAUCUGGCAUCUGGGACAAUGAGAAGCCAUCAUGCAAAGCUUUCAAGUGUGAAGCCUUAUCCAGGCCACAAUGGGGCUACAUGAAAUAUCUUCCCAGUACUUCUGGACCUUUCCAAAGUGGAUCCAGUUAUGAGUUCUCUUGUGUACAAGGAUUUGAAUUGAAGGGAUCCAAAAGGCUUCAGUGUGGCCCAAGAGGGCAGUGGGACGGCAAAAAGCCCACAUGUUCAGCUGUGAAAUGUGAUGCUAUCCCUCAGCCUCAGAAUGGUUCCAUGGAGUGUGCUCAUGCUACUACUGGAGAAUUCACCUACAAGUCCUCAUGUGCCUUUCAGUGCCACAAGGGCUUUAAAUUACAUGGAUCAGCUCAACUUGAGUGCACAUCCCAGGGACAGUGGACCCAGGAGGUGCCCUCCUGCCAAGUUGUACAAUGUUCAAGCCUUGAAGUCCCAGGAAAGAUGAACAUGAGCUGCAGUGGGGCACCUGUUUUCAGCACUGUAUGUGAAUUUACAUGUCCUGAUGGAUGGACACUCAAUGGAUCUGCAAUUCUGACAUGUGGUGCCACAGGACACUGGUCUGGGAUGCUGCCUACCUGUGAAGCCCCCACUGACUCCACCCGUCCCUUGGUAGUGGCGCUUUCUACGGCAGGAACCUCGCUCCUGGCAUCAUCCUCAUUUCUCUACUUGUUGCUGAGAUACUUCCGGAAGAAAGCAAGGAAAUUUGUUCCUGCGAGCAGCUGCCAAAGCCUUCAGUCGUGUGGCAACUAUCAAGUCCCUUCUCAAGUCAUCUAAGUUCAAAACAAUCAGGAACACAGAUGCAUCCUGGGAAAUAGAAUGAUAUGCCCAAGAUAGCCGAAAAUGAGCUGACUGUGGGAUUCUGGUCUCUCUUGCCUGCUAAAUAACUGGGAUCCUGACUCCGUGGAUCCAAAAUUCAGCGACAAGGCCAGCCCUCCACCAGAGAGACUCAGUUUCCUCUUUCCCAGCCACAGUAUCAAGAACAUGCUGACCACAGAAGUUUGAGGGUAUUCUCUUCAAAAGAGAGUGAAUGGACCAAGCCCUGGAACAGCAAAAUUCUACCUUAGUCACUGGAAUUUGGGAAGAGAAACUGUAUUUUGUAGCUUUUUUUCUUUCUCUUGUUCCCCAAUUUUUCAAUGGUUAAUACUGUUAAAGUUGUUACAGGGAUAAAUGAUAUUUAUCAGCAGUUUUGAGCAAAUAAUUUUCUAUCUCUCUUGAAGAAAAAAGAAAAAGGCAAAAUCGUCAUAUCCUCAGAUUAUGGCAUGGGAAUGUUGUUGGGGUACAAGGUGCAAAUCCUGCUGAGUGCUACAUGUUAGCACUCUAGGCAGGCUUCCUGGCCUCUGAAGUAUUCAGUGGCCUCUGAAGUAUUCUCAGACAUUAUGUUCUGUGUCCUUGCAUUGAAUCCACCAUGUUGUCCAUUACUCUUUUUUCAGUGCAAGGGUCAAAAGGACUUUAAAAAAAAUCAGAAAUCCUGUGACCUAUGACAAGGCAAAAGUUACCUUAAAUCACAUUUUAUUAGCAAAUCCUAAUGUUCUAGCUGCAGUAAACUUAUCUUCAAAAUGAGGAAUUACUGAUCAGUGUGAACUCCUGAGUAUUUAACUGUAGCUGGUUUUAAGACAUGGUACUAUCAGAAGAAUAGAAGUUGAAGACAGAGUUUGCAUGUUUGGGGACUUUUCCCCCCAAAAAUGUGGGGUUUUUUCUUUCUAAAAGAAAGAGCUUUCCUUGAGGCCAAAUGUUCUGAUUUAAUAAAAGCAUAAAUGCUAAAAGUGAAGGUGAAUUUUAAAGUAUUUGUCUAUCAGCUUGUCUAAAAUAUGAAUGUACUCUGCAUUCCUAUAAAGGUAGUUCUCAUGUGUGACAAGUAGCUACCCGAUUCUUGUAUAUCAUAUAUGAUUCUAAAUUGAAAGAGUAAAAGUGUCGAACAGUUAUUCUGUAGCUGUUUUAUUCUCUGUGUUCAUAUGUCCUAGAGGGGAAAGCUUGUGUACACAAUGAUUAUGUUGUUUUACAGAGAUUAAAAUUCCUAAGGAAUGUCACCUGUAGUUGGCAAUGACAAAUCCUUGACCACUAAGUGUCAAAGCUGUUCCCAUCAAAACUAUCCCAACUUCCAAAUAACCUCUUAGAGAAAGAGAUUUUUUUGAAAAGUGCUUACUGGAUAGUGGCAAUGAAGAACCAAUGGUAGACAAGGAGUGUGACAAGCAUUAAGACAGGGCGGGGUGGGAGAGAGGAAGAAGAGAGACAGCAAGAGCCAGAGAAGGAGUAGCUGGUGUGAAACUAUGCAAUGUAAAUGCUUACAUAUUUUGUAUCAGA